UUUGGCUCAGAGAAUGACAAGUCAACACAUCUCCACUCAUAUAUAUACAGGCUAGCACACUGGUGCCUUUCACCUGUUGCUUACUAUUUAUUCCUGCCACCCAGUAAGAAGAGGAGAAACAAUCUGAGUGACAUCAUGAAUAAGCUUUUGGUCAUCACUAUGUUCGUAACAUUGAGUCUCAGUGCUCACGGCUUCCGUCUACCCAGGGAUGCUGAAGAAGGGGACUUGGAGGUUGCUGAGCAAGGAACAUUGGGGAAGCUGAACAGCGUGGUCAAGCAAUACUACGAAACCUCUAUUAACAAAGCCGCAGGCUGGCUUGAAGUCAUUAAGGACCUGAAGCUGGAGGAGAAAGCCAAGAAUGCCUACGCUGACACCACCACUGUAGUGGGCACCUACGCUGGCAUCUUUCAGGACCAGGUCUACCACUUAUUUUACCCACAGUAAAGAUCCUUCCUAGCUUCUCUUUGGGUCCCCAACUUCCCCAUAGUCCCUUGAUGAGUUAGAUCGUCGCGGAUGUGGUCCCUUACUCUGCCAUCCUGAAGCCCGGGGUCAGCUCUGACCUCCUACUCACAGUGAAGUCUCUUCCUGAUCUGGUCAAUCACAUCCAGCUGUUCCACAGUUCUUGUAUGCACUACUUCAUCGUACUCAGUGCCCCUACCCACCCUUUCUGAGUCCUGCUGGGAAUUCUAGAAAUUUGUAUAACAACAUUAGUGGACUAUAAACUCAACUCAAGUGGAACUUUGGAACUUGAAAUGUGGAUUUUUGAGUAUCCUCAGACAGCUCACAGCACCUUGCCAAUAAGAAUGGAAGCACCCUGUUUCACCACAGGAAAUCAGGACAGAUGCACUGAAUGCUAAAUUAUAGUGCCAUCUAGUGGUGAAAUUACUCAGAUUUCAUUCUUUAGAAACAUAGGGUACUGUGUAUUGUGUGUAAUUACUAUUAUUUAAUGUCAACACAUAAUUAAAUAAAAACAUUCAUUUGUAGAAAACGAGCUAA